ACGUCUCUUGUCUCCUACCCUCCUCCCCCUCGAUCCCCUAGGCGUGCAGCACAACCGAGCACGAUGGAUCACACCCACGAAAAUCUCUUUUCGCGAGGCUCCGUCACACCACCGCCGGUUCAAUCCCAUUUCGCGAUCGGUCUCCCCCAGCCGAACGGCUCUCCGAACCCCAUCGACUCCCUCUUUCAAGGGAUCACGAACAAUCUCCACCUCCAGAACAACCUUCCCCCCAAUCCAUACGGAAACUCGGCCCCCGCCACACCCAGCAUGCCCAAUAACGACGACUCAACAUCGGUCGGCGCCCCUGUCACCACCGCCGCCGACAGGCAGAGCGCCCUUUUAUCGCUUCUCUACCCUAACGCACCCCCUACUGCCUCGGCUACUAGCCGCGCCCUUCCCGCGGUUCCAUCUUCACAGCUUGCCCAGCAAAAUCCCACUCCUCCCGCUUCCUCCCAGCGAUCUGGCCAGUCCCCUUCCAACAACAGCGAAACACAGGGCAAGAUCCUUCUCGAGCAGCUCAUGUCUGGAACUUCGCUGAAUAAUUAUGCCGAUCACAACUCGAGUGCCGGACACACACCCCAGUACCCGCAGUAUCUACCGGCACCCACUGAAAUUCUGAAUCAACCGGAGCCAUAUCCGCCAAUCAACUACGGUCCCCCUGAACCCGCACGCGAGCCGAUGCAGGUUCAACCCCCACCCCAACAACCUCCCCAGCCCCUCCAGCAGCAGCAGGAUCCUUCUGAGCCUCGCAACACCAUCUUCGACUUCGCCUCCCCCUUUGAUGCUCUGGCAAGCAACUCGGGUUCGGUGAAGAAGAAGCCUGUGCCCUCGGGCCCUGCCGAUACUUCUAGCGGCAACGAAGAUUCGUGGUCCAACGCGCCGAUGGUCUCCGAUCCUAAGCGCAAGUCUGUGGAGAAUCUCAUUGACCAGCUGACCCGGAGUCAGCCCCAGGUCCAGAACUCGCAACCUUCUUAUGAUCAUUACAGUAUGCCAGAAGAGUACUCCCAGGUUGACCCCAGUCUUGUGGCUCCUCAGCAACUUCCCCAGCAGCAGCGCGGUGCGCCGCCGCCUUCGGCCAUUCUUCCUAAAGCGCAAAGGCCCCCUUCGCCUUCCCGGUUAUCUCCAAACAAAGGCAUUGCUCAGCGUCGAGACAUGAACCGGUCUGGCGAUUCUCCGCUGCUCGGUGCUGCCCGCCGUGACAAGGAGAGUUCUCCAGUUCCCCGUGUCAACUCGAAGAACGAGCCCAAGGGCCGCAAGAGCAAGCAUACCAGCCCAAGUGCCCAGUCCCAGACGAUCGUGUUCGACGUAUCUCAAGCGCUCGACGAGAUCCAAGCACCCCGUGAUGCUGUCAAGUCGACCGCCAUUGCCCUUGUCAGACAAGAUGCCGUGUUCCUUCCCGGCACUACCAUUGGCGCGACGCACUGGAUUGCGUACGCAAUGACCAAGGGGCGUGUCCGUGUCAUCUCGCGGUCGAGCGGUGACCGCACUCUUCUCCAACUUCCUCCCGCUUUUGCUCCUUCUACUUCUGUUGUCGAUAUGGCAGUCUUCGGGAAUAGGCUCGCGGGCGUGACUUCGGAUGGUGGCUUCGUGAUUUGGGAGCUGCCAGAGGUCAUCACUGACGAUGUUCCGGGACAUUUACUUUUAUGCAUAAUGCCCACACUAGACUCAGAGCCACUGCAAUCUGUCAAGUGGCACCCUAAGCAGCCGGAUACUCUUGCAGUCGCUUCUGAGAUGAAAAUGUACCUUCUUGAUCUCAUGGACGCCGCAAGGAUAUUCAGAGGUGACCCUCUGCCCCAGUCCGAGCUUCAUCGGAUUUCGCAAGUCUUCUCUUCUCCUUCGCGCUUGGUCGCCUUCGACUUCGACGUACCCCAUUACGCCCUUGCCACCAUUGCUGAAGAUUCUACUCUCACACUCUGGAACGUACACGACCGGCAGCCGUUCUGGACUCACAAGGUUCGCGGCGACGAUGUUCCGUCGUCCUUGACCUUCAUCGAUGACGGCAUCGUGAUUGGCCGUAGGAACGGGACGGUGUUCCAGCUCCUAUCUGUUAUCACGAAGAAUGUCCUUUCAACGCUGAAGUUCGUCAAUGGUCCCCGGGAGGACCCCGAUAUGUUUGGGCACAUCAACUACGAUGCUCGCAUCCAGACGCUCUGGAUCGCGAACAGCCGUCGCGAUAGUAUGAUUGCGGUUCGCAUCGGAUAUGACGUCGCUGGAUCACCCUCGGGCGACCUUGUGCGCGGAGGAUACUUUGAGCAGAUCCUCGAGUUCUGCGGACCCAAGCCCACCAUUCACUUCGUUAUCCUGUCCGCCGAUCAGGAUCCGACGGGCGACGAAGCGCAUGCGGCUUGCGUCGCUGCCAAGGUGCCUCCGGGCGAGCUGGCGCUCGUCGCUUUCUCGGUGCACCCCAGUGGUGUCGACCAGGUUCUCAUUCGGAAGGAGUGGUUCGACAGCGCGUCGUACAGCGCGCUCACCAAGUUCCCUCCUUACACCCCGCCUGCUCCGGUGGAGACCAAGGUGUCGCGUCAGUCCUCCCAAGUUCCUCUGACCGGCCCUAGCGUGUCGCAAAGUGCUGUCCCUGCCAGGCUCAGGACACCGCCCUCUGAAGAGAUUGAGGCUGAGAUGGCCCGUGAGGAGGCUCGUGUUGUUGAGCCCAAGAAGAACACGAAGGGCAAGAAUGUUGCGUUCAGGGACAAGGACGAGAAGGAGAAGGAGAGGAACGCUAAGAAUUCCGAUGCGGGUUCGAUGAGCGACUCUGCGAUCACUGCGGUGUUCACUAAGGAGAUCAGGAAGACUGAGGAGAGUCUACACACCCGCAUUGGCCGUUUGAUCGGCAAGGAGAUGGAGAAGCAGAAUCAACGCCUGGAGGAAGCACGCGCUCACGAGCAGGCGGAGGACUUCAACCGCCAAGAAAAGAUACUCAAGUUGAUCUCGACUGAGUUGACCCGGAACACGACCCGGGUCGUCGAGAUGGCCGUCAAGGCUGAGGUCCAGGCUUCUGUCUUGCCUGUCCUCGAACAGAUCACUCGAUCGGAAGUCAGGGCAGCUUUGAAUGACCACGUUGGACGGGGUCUGAACGAAUACAUCCAGCAUAACUUGCCCAAUGAAAUGGAGACACUGCUUCUCCGCCCUGACAUCUCCGGCCACUUCGCCAGCAUCCUCUCGAACAACCUGAACCCUUUGAUCGAGCGCUGGGUCAAGGAAGCUAUCAACAAAUCGUUCGUACCCGCCUACUCUCAGCAGACAUCUGCGAUGCACCAGGACAUCUUGCGCGAGAUGAGAUCUGAAAUUCUGAAUGUGAAGAAGGACUCCAUGGCUUGGCAGACUGAAGCAUUGAGGAACCAAGAGUCGCUAAUUCGCGAUCUGGAGCAUUCCGUCCGGUUGCUGUCGGACCAGGUCAAGUUCCUCUCCCUAUCCUCGAGCGCCAACAUGGGAGGCCAGGGCCACCACGCUCGUGUGCCGAGCAACUCGUCUCCGGCAUCGACCGGCGGAAUGCACCGCCAGGCUUCCUCGAAUCAUGCGAACCAGCAGUACGCGCCAUCGUCGCACCCUACGUACCCCCAGCCUCUGCCGCCCACGCAGCAGAACGCCAGCUCGCAAUGGUACUCGUCUCCCAUCGCUGCGCCUCAGGCGUCGCAUCCUCUUAACCCUCCCCCGGCGGCUCAGCCCAUCGCUCAGCGUUCGCCCCCGUCGCAGUCGCAGUCUGAGGACUGGGACGAUACGUUCUUGCAUGUGCUAGGUUCGCAGGACUCGAAGCAGCUUCGCGAGGUUCUCGCGCGGUCGAACCCUGAAAUUAUUAUGCCGAUGAACGGGGUGGGACCGUUGUCGCAGGCUGUGAUCUUGACGUUGGUGCAUCGUCUGGCCGGUGUCGUUGGUGAGACGCCUCCGAUUGACGAGAACUUCAAGUCUUCGCUGUGGUGGCUGCAGCGCGCCGCUUCGAUAUUGAACACCAGCGACGGCCUUAUCUCGCCUUACAGCUCUCGCGUCGUUCCUAAUGUCCUGUCCAUGCUAAACACGACCAAGCAGAGAUUGGCUAUCCUUCCGGGUGGCCCUCAGCUCAUGGACUCGGCAGGUCGCCAGAUCUCCGACAUCCAGGACAUCCUCAGCCGAAAACCGAUGUAAAACCUUGUAUUUCUCGGCUUGCACACAUGUCACCAAGAAAGUCAACCUCAACCUAUGUCGAUAGCCCAACUUUCCCUUCAAUGCACAUAUGAAAGCUCUGACGAACCCACGAAAAUUAAAUGAUCCAUAUGUUGUCACGUCAUCAUGCUUUGGCGCUUCGUUCCUAAUGUCUUUACUUUUUGCUGCUUCCCUUGCUCUCGUUGGAUUCAGUUGCCACGCCUCUGUCAUUCACGCUUUGUCUGCUCAUGCGACUCCGGCUGGGACUCCGGGUCGAUGACGCUCGUUCACAUCCACAAUUCUGUUUGUUUUUUGUUUUAUCUUGCGCAUCUUUUACGGCUUCUGGACAGUCGACGCAUACAUAUGUUGUUCUCUUUUUUUGCUAUCCGUUGGUGUUGUAGAUCUCGCACUAGUGCUAGCUGUAUCUCUCAAA